GGAGGAGGAGGGAGAGAGCGGGGUUGGCUGCCUGCAUUGGAACAGUCCUCUGUAAUGAGCAGAUUUUCUAGGAGAGAGAGGGAGAGCGAGCGAGAGAGAGAGAGAAUAAGGAGAAAUUGUGGGAGCAAGACAAGCAGGUUAUGCGUCAGCCGCUUCUCCAUGGGGAAACGUGGAGAUGAGCGAGGGAUGCUGAAGAGCACCGAAGAGAGCAAAACAAGAUGAUAUAGAUGGAUAUUAUCUCAUCAAACUGAAGGCAACCCACGCAGAGGAUAAACCACUUAUGGACGCAGUGGAUUAAAGACCUGCAGACAGACUGAGACCGAAGCCGCAGGAGGAACACGGGUGGAGAUAUUCAUCUAUUCACUUAUUUAUUUUUAUUGUGUGUGUGGGUGUGCGCAUCUGAAAGAGGGGAGACCGCAUUGCUGCUUGCUGGCAGAGGGAAAAAAACAGCAAAGCGCAAUUAAUUCAUGUUUGCCCCUGAUUUUUAUCCCUGCCUUUUAAGUACGCGUGUGCUCCCUGACUAUGUGUGUGUGUGUGUGAAGCCAAAAGUGAGCUACAGAUGGACUUAGUUGUGUGAUUUAACAUUAUGUACUAAGCUUGAUCAGCAAGAGCAAAGUCAAAGAAGAUAAACCUCAAUGUCUGAGAAAGGAAAGUUUUUUUAUUUUAAUACAUCUGACAGCAUGUCACAUGCAGUUGGGGCCUUGAUCCUGAUUGUGGAAGCCUAAGCUUGGAUGUUUGAUGAGCUACCAUUGGGGAGACUUCUGUGCUCCACGCGCCACAGAAGAGGUGGAGAAGGAGGUGGAAGCGGAGGAGGCGGCGGCGUAGUCACAUAGGAGGCAGCUGAAAACAGGAACGGAGGCGAAUGCGUGCCGUGGAGCGCGGAGGCAUGCCCAUGGCGGACUGUUGGAGCUUUUGCACACUUUGAUUUUCAGCGUACAGUGGCAGAAAUGGGACCACCAUCCUCGUCCCUCACAUCGGGCAGGAGCCGGCAAGUUGUGAGUUGGUGCUCCAAAAAAGCAAGCGGGAGAAUGGUGUGAUAUAUCCACCAGGAGAUCCCUGACGCCGCCGUGCAGGGUCAACUCAUUUCUUCUUCCUCAGUUUGUAAAGCUUACGGCAUCCGAGCACAGAGGCCUGUGUUGAACUGAGUGGGAGUUCUCUCCCUCCCUCCCACCCACCAACUCCUCCCUCUUCUUCUACUCCUCCGACCUCCACCUCAAACCUAAACUCCAUGGACUGAUCCCUCGAGCACCAACCUGUCCUCCCUCUCUUUUCUUUUUCUUUUUGUCGAGGCUUCAGGUGAAUUGCCGAGACCUGUUUCAUGCAUGUCCACUGGAGGCAGAUUCAACUUUGACGAUGGGGGGUCAUACUGCGGCGGGUGGGAAGAGGGCAAGGCGCAUGGUCACGGGAUAUGCACGGGACCCAAAGGCCAAGGCGAGUACUGUGGGUCGUGGGCCCAUGGCUUUGAGCUGCUGGGCGUCUACACGUGGCCCAGCGGGAACACUUACCAGGGCACGUGGGCGCAGGGCAAGAGACACGGUGUGGGCGUCGAGAACAAGGGCAGAUGGGUCUACAAGGGGGAAUGGACGCAUGGUUUCAAGGGGCGCUACGGCCUUCGGGAGAGCACCGGGAUGAGCGGCAAGUACGAGGGAACGUGGAACAAUGGCCUGCAAGACGGAUACGGCACGGAGACGUACUCCGAUGGAGGCACAUUUCAGGGCCAGUGGGUUGGUGGGAUGCGGCAUGGCUAUGGUGUCCGCCAAAGUGUCCCGUAUGGCAUGGCGGCCGUCAUCCGCUCCCCUCUCCGUACAUCCAUCAACUCCCUUCGCUCCAGCUCGGAACACAGCAACGGUACAGCUCUACUUGACCGGAGCGGCGCAGUCGUUCCUGUUCCUCCACCUCUUCCUGGUACCUUGUCCACCAGCGUCUCCAUGUGCAGCACAGGAAGCAGCGGCAGUAGUCCCGCAGUGUCUCGAGGGGGCUUCGUACUGACGGCACACAGUGAAACUGAGCUCCUAAAGGGGAAGCACAAGAGCGGACUGUUCAGGAGGUCAAUUCUGUCCGGGCUGAAGCUGAGGAAGUCUGAGUCCAGGAGCUCUCUGGCUUCUCAAAGGUCUAAACAGAGCUCGUUCAGGAGUGAAGCUGGGAUGAGUACUGCGUCUGACAUCAAUUCUACCAUCAGCCUUGGAGAUGCAGAUGCAGAGUUGGCGGUAGCUGAUGAUGAUGUGGAUGCCACGGCAACAGAGACCUACUGCGGGGAGUGGAAAAAUGACAAGAGGACAGGAUUCGGAGUCAGCCGGCGGUCUGAUGCGCUGCAGUAUGAGGGCGAGUGGCUGAGCAACAAACGCCACGGCUACGGCUGCACGGCCUUUCCUGACGGAACUAAAGAAGAAGGGAAGUACAAGCAGAACAUCCUGGUGAGUGGCAAGAAGAAGAACCUGAUCCCACUCCGGGCCAGUAAAAUCAGAGAGAAGGUGGACCGAGCCGUGGAGGCAGCGCAGAAGGCAGCGGACAUCGCACGCCAGAAAGCAGAGAUUGCGCUUUCCAGGACUGCUCAUGCCCAGGGUAAAGGAGAGGCAGCUGCUGGAGCGGCCCUGAAAGCUCAAGAGGAGAGUCGCAUGGCCAGAGUCACUGCCAAGCAGUUCUCCCCUUCCUUCCAGCAUCCGGGAAAUGGCAUGGAGGUGCAACGUCCCAAGUGUCAGGUGUCCAGUGAAGUGGAAGGUGAAGGCUUGUCCAGUAGCGCCGGAACCGCAGACAGUCCCGACCUCUACGUGAGGAGCACAGGCUCGGAUGAGGCCUCCAACGCCACACCAGAUCUCAGUCCCCCUUCUUCUUCCCCUCCCCACAGUCCUCCCGCCUUAAUUCGGCCAGCGCAACGCAGCAAAAGUGCUCGAUUUCACCGGCAGACUGCAGUUGACCACGGAGACAGGGGGAAAGAAGCAGGAGAACGGGAUGACAAAGAAGGGCCUGGAGGGCAGACAGAAAUUCAUGUCUUGAUAGAGGGAGGCAGUAAGGAGAGUGAAGGUGGCAAGGUGGAGUACAUGCGGGCAAAAAGCUGGGGUGAGGAAAAGAGAAAAGGAGUCUUCCACAAAGGGGGAGGUGGACUUAGCGGACAAGGCACCGGCAGGACCAAUGGACACAAACACACCUCCCUCAAUCACAAGUCUCGGGACCAUACUUCAUCCAAUCAUAAAGAAACCAGAGGAGACAGAUGGACAGAGACAUCCUCUUCUGCCUCUUGGACGUCUGGGCACAGGGGGGCGCACAGCAGGGCAGGGCGGCUUCUUGAGCAGGACGAAGAGAAAAUGAGCAAUUAUGAAAUGGAGAUGAAGCCUUUACAGCCCAGAGACUCCACGACCCACAAGCCCCAUGGGCACGGGGAAGAGAAGCACGGGCACAGUCACUCUCACGGAGAGGGGCGCUCACACACUUUGCAACAACAGAGACAUAAGAACCGAGACGGGAGGGAAGGAAGGGAGGGCCGGGAAGGCAAAGACCAGCUGGAGAGCGUACGACUGGGCGACAAGAUGGAUGCUCGGCCUAUACGACGGGACCUCACCCUCUCCCCCCCUUUGAAGUCUUCUCCCAUCGCACCAGAGCAACAGGAAGUCAUCCAGUGCAGAGGCCACUCAGCCUACAGCGUUAUCCUGGUUGGCAUGGUGAUUCUUCUCAACAUUGGAGUGGCUCUUUUGUUUGUCCACUUUUUUAUUUAAGAAUAGCAUUGUUUUUGGAAUGAGCCCAUACGUGCUACAACUGUAAACUUCCAUAGUUGUUAAGAGGGAUCUGCUGUCCCUGUGUGUUCCUGGAAAAAUGACGGCAACCACCUGAAGAGGACACGGAGGGCUACGAUCCAUUUUGGGCUAAAGAUGGUUGAUUUGCGUUCAAAUCUUAGUCCAGCUCCUAUAAUGGCGACACUGCAGUGCAGCGCCCAAUGACCUGGAUGUAAGAAGCGUACGCCAGCCUUGGCGAAUGGGCUGCAUAAUACGGUCCGGAAACUGGACUAAAGUGAGCUUGAGUAGUUCACAUGUUGACUGAAAUUGGUCUGAUUCCCAGGCCAUGGCAUUAUAGCAAGUAAUGCCUGCUUCCACAGUCUGAAGACAAAAUAUAUACCUUUUCCAUCUUCAAAUCAUAGUUUACAACAGAUUUGUAAUAUUUCUUUAUGAAGAUUUCCUCUCAUGUAUAAUACGUUGAUGGAUAUAUUAUUUAUUUUGUAAGCUCUUCACUUGACUCGAUAUGACUCCAGCUUUUUGGUUCUUCCGCCUGUCCAAAUGUUCCUUCUGAUGUUGUAUUUCUUUCAUCUCUGUCAAGAGAGACAAAUGCAGGGACUGAAUCACAGCACCACCCAGAUAUAUUGUUGGAGGCUGCCUGUCUGUGUAACCCGGGCAUGCACACACACUCUUGGCUUGAUUCCCAUUCCACUCUUUCAUUUGCGAGUAAAGUGCAUGACAACGGUGUGCCUCCAAAAUGCCAUUGUAUGUUUGCAAUGAGCAGAAAGAGAAUGUCUCAUGAGGACAUGCCCUCUAUUCAGCCACAUCCAACGUACCUCCAUUUUCCCAUCAUCGAUGCUCUCUCUGUCUUUCCCUCCUACUCUUUGCCACCUGCAAACACCAGUCGUUGAGCUUUUCUAACUCUGAGUUGGUGGUAGUUCAGCGCAGACCCUCCUCGGCACAAUAUUCAAGUUAAAUGUGUGCAUCACUGUAGAUGUGACUGUACAAAAUCCAUCCCAGCUGACUUUUGGUACGUGGUGGGUGGGGUACAAGCAGGUCACAAUUAAGGCAACAAUAUAAGCUGGAAUUUAGGGUGUCAUUUCAGAGUGAACCUAAUAUGCACUGUAACCCUUGAUGAUAAAUUUCAUUUCACCUUCUGUAAACCUUUUUGAAUUCACAUGUUCAUCUUUUUUGGUCGUCUUUGCAAAACUCGAUCUCGAGCAAGGAGCUAAAUAGAGUCGCUCGAUUAAAGAAUCGACCCUUAAGUUUCCUGGAUCAGUUAGAAUUAGUAUUUAAACAGUCCUUUGUUUAAGUCUCUCUCUCGCUCUCUCGCUCUCUCUCUCUCUCUCUCUCUGGUCACUAAUACAGUUUACUCAAACUCUUUAAAAUAUAUUUGCAGUAUGCUGAAAUGGCAUUAAUUUAUCUGGGUUCGCCCAUGCGACAUUCGCAAGCUGAGCCAUAUUUUAAAGGUAUUAAAAGUACAUGGAAGAUAUUGGUUAUUAAAUCAAUUAUAAACAAAAGCCCAAGUUGAUAAAAAGGAACCUUGCAUUGGUGUUCUUCUGUUCCACGUGUGUUAGCAUUGUACGUGAAGCUCAGGUUGCGGUAUCGCCAGUUAUCCUGUUUUCCCUGUAAGCAAAUUAGUAGAGGUCGAAUGAGAGAGACGGUUCUUGGGUAUCGUGUCUUUCCGACCAGCUUCUCAAAAACUUCUCAGAAACACUUGGACAAGUGAAUUAAAAAAAAAAAAAAGAGGAGGUCAAAUUACCUGUACUGCAUAUUGGGUUCAUCAAUGACCUAGUUGUGUAUCUUCCAUGACUGAAUUUGAAGAAAGCCAAAAAUGUAUUAGCAUAUCCCCACAAGAUGUUUCAUAAAGUACGUCAACAAAUUCUAUCGAUUGUGCUGAACUGAAGAUUGAUUAAUUGCAUACUGAACAAAAGUAAGCUAGUUGCAAGAGGUGACGCUGCUGCAACUUUAGUGCAGUAGUUAGCAAGUUCAGUAACACGUGGAAAAUUGAGUGAGACUGUACUCAAUUAAUUGGAACUUAACUGUCAAUUCAUGCCCAUAUUUCAACGUUUUUUUUGGUCAAAUGUUAAUGCAUGUAUGUUUACUAGAUCCCUAGUUUGGAUUGUUAGAUUUUGUAUUUGGGUGUAUGGGGGUAAUCCAUCACCGAAACAAACAAUUCCAAGAGGGCAUCUGCGUGAAAAUGCACCUUAACAUGUUACGUUGUGUUUUUAGGCUGAGCAAAACUUGAUUCAUAUUUCAAACUUUCAGAAUUAACCACAAACGAAAUGACUAUAUACCCAAAUUUGAUUAUCCAGCACCCAUGCACCACCACUCUGUUUAUUUGGAAUUCAUUUUGUGUUUUGUAUAAUCUCAACAAUGGUGUCGGUUGUUUUCUUCUGUAUAUCAUACCGCUGUGGGAAAAGUCAUUAAAACACAAACUCACGUAUAGCGGCCUGAGAAAUUUGCUCGUACCGUUUAUGCAAAGGGUCAAAGUUUGUGUUUGUAAUGUUUCAUAAGAUUCAAUAACAAAUCAAAGUACUUUAGUGCACUCUAAUGGGAGUCCUGACACUGACUUUCAUGAUUGCAUACAAAGGAUUUGUUUAUAAAAUCCAUCUGGCAGAUCAGCCUCUGUAUUUGUUUGCUAUCUAUCUAUCCAUCCAUCCAUCCAUCCAUUAUCUGUCCCGCUUGCCCCCACGUGGGUCACAGGCAUGCUGGAGCCUAUCCCAGCCGUCAUCGGGCACUAGGCGGGGGACACCCUGAGCCGGUUGCCAGCUAAUAGCAGAGUACACAGAGACGAACAACCAUCCGCACUCGUACUCACACCUAACGGCAAUUUAAAGUGCUCAAUCGGCCUACCAAGCAUGUUUUUGGGAUGUGGUAGAAAACUGGAGAAAUGGAGAAAACCCGCGCAGGCACAGGGAGAACAUGCAAACUCCACACAGGGAGGGCCAGAGGUGGAAUCGAAUCCGCGACCUCUUAACUGCGAGGCGGACGUGCUAACCAGUGCGUCACAGUGCCGUCCUAUUUGUUUUCUAGUUCGCAUUAAUGAAAGUUUAUGGGAAUAUAAACAAACGUGCAACCUUUGGGUGAUAGGAUGUCUCUUCCAUUUGCCACCGCCAACUAUUUCAGGAAACAGUGAGCUGCUGCUGUUUUUCUGACCGCAUCGCAGCUGUUGUCUCAUUUCUGUCAUUUCUCUCCAUCCUUCAUGUGUUAAAACCAGGAGGCAGAUAAUAUUCUCAUUCAUUUGGGUCCUAGACUGAUAAAGGUUCUGCUGCUGUUUGUUGUCAGCCUGGUGACGAUACACCUGUUACACUGCAGCAUGUUACAGCAUGCCAAGCUCUCUCUAUAUCUGAAUCUUUCUUUUUUCCUUUCCUUCCCCUGUUUUCUUUAUUUCUGGGAAUUACGUACUCUGUUUUGUUUUGUUUUACGUGAAGAAAUUAAUUAAAGUGUUUAAAAUAAAGAUUGGUGUUUUUCCUUUGA